AUCCCUUGCUCACACUCAAAUCUUCAUCUUCUCUCUUUUCUCUUCUUAUCAGUUUUCGAGCUCCAGCUAUGGCUUCCCUCACACAUUUCUUCUUUCUUGCUCUCUCAAUCCUUUCUCUCUUGGCUUCUUCUUCCAAUGCUCAGCUCUCUCCCAACUUCUACGCCAGAUCUUGCCCUAACCUUCAGGCCAUCGUUCGCAGCACAAUGAGGAAGGCUCUCGCCAGAGAAGCCCGUCUCGGCGCCUCCAUCCUCCGCCUGUUUUUCCACGACUGCUUUGUAAAUGGCUGCGAUGCCGGAAUCCUACUAGACGACACAGGAAGCUUCACCGGAGAGAAAAACGCCGGACCCAACCUGUCGGCAAGAGGCUAUGAAGUGAUCGAUGCUAUCAAAACCAACGUCGAAGCUGCCUGCAAGGGCACUGUGUCUUGCGCUGAUAUCUUGGCACUCGCUGCACGAGAGGGUGUAUUUCUGCUAGGAGGACCCUCAUGGGCAGUGCCUCUGGGCCGGAGGGACGCAAGGACGGCGAGCCAGAGCAAAGCGAACAGCGAGAUCCCUGGGCCGUCGUCGGACCUGUCGACCCUGAUCUCCAUGUUUGCCGCGAAAGGUCUGACCGCGCGGGAGAUGACGGUGCUCUCCGGCGCCCACAGCAUAGGUCAGGGACAGUGCAGUUUCUUCAGGAACCGCAUCUACAACGAGAAGAACAUUGACCGGAGUUUUGCAGCCACGAGAAGGGCCACAUGUCCUAGAACUGGUGGGGACACCAAAUUGGCACCCCUUGACUUUACCCCGAACAGAUUUGACAACACUUACUAUAAGGACCUCGUGGCUCGACGUGGCUUGUUCCAUUCGGACCAAGUGCUCUUCAAUGGUGGCUCUCAAGAUGCUCUGGUUAGGACCUACAGUUCCAACAGUGCGCUCUUCUUCAGGGACUUUGCUUCUGCUAUGGUGAAGAUGAGCAGUAUCACUCCUCUCACUGGGUCCCGGGGUGAGAUCAGAAAGAAUUGUAGGGUUGUGAACUGAUUUGGUCCGUCCGUGAUUUUUGGUUUUUUUUUGGGUCAAGAACAGCAAUUGAGUAAUCAAGGGCUGUAUUUAAGGUUAGGGGUUUAAUUAUUUAAUCAACUAUGAUUAUUAUACAAGGUCUUACUAUUAGUCAAAAGCUUUGACUAGGUGGAUCUUGGAUAUAUAUCAUAUAUGCAUUUUAUGUAUAACACAGUCCAUCAAGUACUGUAAGCUGGGGGUCUCUUUUUUUAAUCAAUGAAUGAUUCCAAUUUCCAA